GGUUUCUUUUCAUCUUCUCAGCUCAAGAGUCAGGAUAUCUCAGAUUUAACAGCAGUUGAAAGGGAAGACUCAUCUUUACUUACUCCUGCAGCCAAAAAAAUGAAAAUAGAUACCAAAGAAAAGAAAGAGAAGAAGCAAAAAGUGGAUGAAGAUGAGAUUCAAAAGAUGCAAAUCCUGGUUUCUUCUUUUUCUGAGGAGCAACUGAACCGUUAUGAGAUGUACCGCCGGUCAGCAUUCCCUAAGGCAGCCAUUAAAAGGCUGAUCCAGUCCAUCACUGGCACCUCUGUGUCUCAGAAUGUUGUUAUUGCUAUGUCUGGCAUUUCCAAGGUUUUCGUCGGGGAGGUGGUAGAAGAAGCACUGGAUGUGUGUGAGAAGUGGGGAGAGAUGCCACCACUACAACCCAAACAUAUGAGGGAGGCUGUUCGGAGGUUAAAGUCGAAGGGGCAGAUCCCCAACUCAAAGCACAAAAAAAUCAUCUUCUUCUAGAUUGAAGCCUAGAAAGGCCUGGUACUGAAGGAAGGAGUACCGGUUCCAGACUUCCUACUGCAUGAGACUUUUGCACAGGUGCUUUAGUCCUCUAAGGAUUCCAUGAUGAUUUUAAUGUCUUUCUCAGAACUCUGAUAUUCAUCACAUCUAAAAGGCAUGCAGCCUGUUUCAUACUUGCCUUGACUAAAUAUUGGCACCUCUUUGGACAUUCUGAGGCAUUUAACUAUUUCUUGGCUAGUUGGAAGAAGAAAGGUACAUGGGCCUUAAGCGUCUUCCAGACAGAGAAGCUGCUUUCAGAAAGUCUUUCCAAGAAAGCUUUGAUGGUUUCACAUUGAAGCAUGAAGUUGCUAUGAUUUAGGUUGUUUCUUCCAUCUGGUUUUAAGUAGAUGAAACAACCAGAAACUUUGACUUGUGAUACUCUACCAUGAAGAACACAGUGAUGGGAGGAGUGGUGGAAAAGUUUAUCCCUGUACACAUGUAAAGUUCCCUAUGGAUCUUGGUGAGUGAUCAUUAAACUGUUUUCCAACUUGC